AUGUCAGAGUUAGAACCAGUUACAAUUAUUCUUACGGAUCGUCCCAUCACCACUCAACCAACUUUCCAAUAUUUAAAAUUCAAAUUUGAAAGCCAACAAUUUGGCAAACUGUUAUGGUUUGUUCGAAUGGAAAAAUCAUACGAAUAUUUUCCCAUAGAAUAUGCCAAAGAUAAAUCAUUCAUCAUUGAAAAUAUGAAGAAUAAUCCUCAAAUGGUUUAUGAAAUGAUUGAUCCAAUGUUAAAGUUGGAUGUUGAUAUUGCUUUGGAAUAUUUAUUGUGGACCGAUAGAGUGGAUUCAAAGCAAGUAUUGGCUUUGGAAAAUACAAUGAAUGACACGAAAUUUGUGGCCAAUUUCCUAAAGAGUCAUGCACAUUUGUUAGAAGAAGAUAUAUUAAAUAGAUUGAUGACAUAUUAUCCAUCAAUGAGAGCUGUAUUUGAUGAUAAAAAGCACUUUUUAGAGAUUGUUAAAUUUGAGGGAUUGGUAGAAAAGAAUGUUUUACUUCUCUUAGAGUUGGCAACUGAGAAAGUGAGAAGUGAUAGAUUAAUAAUAGAAGAAUGUGUGAAGUACAAUGGGUUUUCAUUAAAUUUUGCAAAUAAUGAUCUGAAGAAUGAUAGGGAAAUGAUUUUAAAAGCAGUCAGGGUUGAUGGUUUGGUAUUGAGAGAUUUAGAAAAAAGAUGGUCAACUGACAGGGAUAUUGUGAUAGAAGCUGUUAAACGAAAUGGAAAUAUAAUAGCAAAAACUCCAUCCGAGUUUAGAUUGGAUAGAGAAAUUGUUUUCCUCGCUUUGAAAUCAAAUAGUAUGUGCUUGGAAUAUUUGAGUGGAGAAAUGAAAAAUGAUAGAGAAAUAGUUUUACUGGCUGUAAGAUGCGAUAAACCACUAGUAUCUGGUCAAUCAUGCCUUAGAUAUGCAUCAGAUCUAUUGAAAUGUGACAGGGAGGUUAUAUUAGAGGCAGUUAAACAUAAUCCCUAUUCUGGUGGUGUUGCUAAUACUUGGAUUAGUUUAAUGUUUGGUAUUAGUUUAUCAACAUUAAGUAUUGAUUUGCCUCAUAUUUUAACUAAUAUUGCUACUAACAUAACAAGUCAAACUAUCAAAUUACAUGAUGAUAAUUUAUUAACUCAUCCUUUGUUAAAUACUAAUCUAACACAUGUUUUUAAAACCACAAAAUAA